GAAAUGUCUGAUGGAACCACUAACUGGCUUUCCCAUCAGAACUGUCGAGGAAUUCAAUUCGCUCAAUGAUAAAGAUAAUUUUGAACUGCGUACAAAAAUGUGCAGAAAUUUGGUUCAGUCAGGUGGUUCCAAGUUAAGAGAAUUUCUUAACUUUGGACUGAAAGAGAUGAUGGCCGAUGAAUUGGUUUGUCAAUUUACCUGGGUUGGGGGCGAAAACAGUUUAAUAUUUGGCGACACCAGGGUGUCAAACAUUUUGUAUCAGGCAACUCAAAGGUGUUCCCAGUUCAAUGGACCAGACGACCGAGCACACUUUAAGAGUGAAAUGCUGGAGGUUCUAAGAACAACGAAGCAGCGCUAUAGGAAUUUGAAGAAGAAGGUUCUUCUCAAAAAUCAAAGCGCUUUGGAUGGAAACGAGAAGGACUUGUUAAAAUAAAUUGCGGGUUUGGAAGCACAAAAGGGUUCAGCAGGAGAAGAAAACCUUUCCGACCACGAUGGUUCCUUCGGGGAUUACGAAUAUGAUACAUAAAUAUGACAAACUAGUUUGAAAAAUAUAAUUUAAAAAAUUUAACAGAGCACGGUGAGCCUCAGCCAAUUUUAAUUAAAAAACAUAUUGCAAGAAAUGUUUUUGCCGAAUAUUAUUCUAUCAUAAUAUACAUUCUUUUGUAUUAAGACUUUAAAAUAAUUGUGGGAGCGCUUUUUUCCAUAAUUCAAAAUUGAGAUUUUCCAAAAAAAAUUUGUGAAAUUUUUUAAUUAAUCAGAGGGAUUUAAGCUGCAAAAAUGGAGUAAAAAAGUGCCUACAAAA